AGUAAAAAAAAAAAAAAAAAAAAAAAAUCUGGUAGCCAUGAAUUUCAGCUAGCUUGCCACCGACAACUGGUUGGUACACUUGAGUAAGUCCAUCCAUGUCAAGACACAAGAAGGAUUUUCGUAGUCCUACGCUGCUUCUGAGUACAUAUAGGGCCUCUCCAUCCCGCCUAUCGUCCUGCUGUGAAUCGGAUCUGGCUGGCUCACCGAAGAGACUGUAAGACGUUGGUGCAGAGCUUUUCCAGUUAACUUCAACAAAAAAGGAUUUCUAAAUACAGAUUUGUGCCAGAAGAUGAACGGCCUGUCCAUACGAGAGCUAUGCUGCCUCUUUUGCUGCCCCCCCUGUCCCAGCCGCAUUGCAGCCAAACUGGCGUUUCUCCCUCCAGAGCCCACUUAUGCUUUGCUCCCCGACCCAGAUCCUGGAUCUGGAGCAACAACCGUGUCUGCCGCCAACUCUGGAGCUGCUCCCCCGUCACUCGGAGCGCCGGGACUGCGUUCGCGGCUGGGUAAUGCCAGUGGAUCAGACAGAGGAGGCGGUGGAGGAGGUGGCGGUGGUAGUGGAGGAGGAGGAGGAGGCGGCGGCGGCAGUAGUGGCGGUGCUGCCACCACCAGCAGCAGUAUCAGUGGGCCCGAAGGCAGGUGGAAGUUGCACCUCACAGAAAGAGCCGAGUUCCAGUAUUCACAGAGAGAACUGGAUGUGACCGACGUGUUCCUGACCAGAUCUAGCCGAGGGAAUAGGGUUGGAUGCAUGUACAUACGCUGUGCUCCCAAUGCCAGGUUCACAGUGUUGUUCUCACAUGGCAACGCCGUAGACCUGGGUCAGAUGAGCAGCUUCUACAUUGGCUUAGGCACCCGCAUCAACUGCAACAUCUUCUCCUACGACUACUCAGGCUAUGGUGUUAGUACCGGCAAGCCAUCUGAGAAGAACCUUUACGCAGACAUCGAUGCUGCGUGGCACGCCCUGCGCUCUCGGUAUGGCAUCAGCCCUGAAAAUAUCAUCCUGUAUGGACAGAGCAUUGGCACAGUGCCCACAGUAGAUUUAGCAUCAAGGUUCGAGUGCGCUGCAGUGGUCCUUCAUUCUCCUCUCACCUCUGGCAUGAGGGUGGCCUUCCCUGACACAAAGAAAACUUACUGCUUUGAUGCGUUCCCCAACAUCGAGAAGGUUUCAAAGAUCCCAUCUCCAGUGCUCAUCAUUCACGGUACAGAAGACGAGGUGAUCGACUUCUCCCAUGGCCUCGCCCUGUUCGAGCGCUGUCCCAAGGCCGUCGAGCCCCUGUGGGUGGAGGGGGCCGGCCACAACGACAUCGAGCUUUACAGUCAGUACUUGGAGAGGCUACGGCGUUUCAUCAACCAGGACCUGGCUGCGCAGCACGCCUGAGAAACAAGCAGCCUCUACGUGUUUGUAUCUAUGACACUGUGUAUGUGCGUGUGGAAGCAUGUUUGCAAUGAACGCGUGAAUGAUUUUGGUCACAUCUGUGUGUCUUUAAAGCAGCACACCUACAGGUUCAACACAAACACGACCUACGUUGUGUUUCCUGUUUUUAAAGGUGACAAAAAUUUUUUAAAACGUCAUUAGCUUUAUACAUUUGUACAGUGUUGGUGAAACACUACAGAACAGACGAAGUCAUUUCAGAGCUGCAGUGUCGUAGGACGACCUGGAAUUGCAGCUUCAAAACACGUCGACUUAAUUCGAUUGAUAAGUGAAAGAUUUUUUGUCCACAAAGGCACACAGAUGUAAGUCUGAAGUGGUGUUGGUGAGUAUGGGGUGAUUGUGUGUGUGUGUUCAAACUUCUCUGGAUCUGUGUGCACACAUUGGUAUGCGUGACUGAAUGUGUGUAGAAAUGAAGGACAUCCUGAUGACUUGGAAACCUAGAGUAGUGGAAGGCUAAUGAGGACAUCAAUAUUGAUGUUUCUUUUUGUUUCUUUUUUGUUUUUUAAUCAUGUAAUUUGUGUAUAAUGAAGAAUACCUCCACAGUUUGACUAGUUCUCUUUCCAGUGGACAAAUACUGAUCAAGCAUGUACCCCUCCCCCCUCCAUUACUUGUUUACCUUUUUAAUGAACAUUAAUCUGACUGCCAGGGCAUUCCCAAGUUUUUCUCCAGCUAACACUAACCUACUUAAUGUGUGGUUUGGGGUGAUCUGUCUCCAGUCCUCUUGUUGUAGCCUGAAAUCUUUUCACAGCUUGCAUGGCUGCAGAGUGUCUCAUACUUUCCCUCAUUAUUAAUUCUCAAAAGGCCAACUUCCAUGUCUUUUCCAGUCCUAAACUUUCCACUAAGUAGCAGAAACAAGUUUCAGGGAAUAAAUUAGAUUUCCCAUUCAGAAAAAAAGAAAAAAAAAAAUUGAUUUCCUCGGUUUUUAAGUGCAAGUCUGCCCUGUCAUUUAAUCAUGUAAACCCAGAGAGGGCGCGCCGAAAGAUUUAAAGAGAUGUUUGCAGACACUCCAGGAAGUGGCUGCUUCUGAACAAGAAGCGGUAAAGAACGUAGCACCUCAUUAGACCUCAAUGAGGUGACGCAGCAGAGUGGUUGCUGUGUUUAAAAGGUGAUGGCAACUGAAUUUAUAAUGAUGUGUGAGUUAUUUAAUGUUCUUGUUUAUUGGGUAGAAUGGAACAAAAUGCAACUUUGUCACUUUUUUUCUUUAAAAAAAAAAGAACUUGGGGAAUAGAUUUGCAUUUAUUUUGGAUUUUCUUUAAUCGACACAAACUUUAAAUACAUCCUUACUGAUAUUUGGAUAUAUGUCUCAUAGUAAGUCGAAGGCAAGCCACACAGGGUUUAGGAAACUUUAACAUGUUUGUGACAGAAUCCUGCCUGAAUAUCUAAACACAGAUCCAGCUUUUAAAGAUAGUCCAGUAGGUUUUCACUGAGACUUAGUUCCAACAUAUUCCAAAAGCUUGAUGUUGGUCUGCUUUAUCAACUUAAAAACCAGUUUCUAUUUAUAUUUGGGAUCAUCGUUCCUGUUGAAAACCCAGUCAUGUAUCUGUUGGUUUGAGUUGAAUAAUUUGGAGGCAGUCCUUAAUCUCUUUUUUUAUUGUUCCUGUACUGCUGCCGACAGAAUUGACCUCUCAGCAUGAUGCUGCCACCACCCUUUUUUGGUUAAAUAGUUUUGUGUUUGAAAGCCUCACCAACAUACUUGUAUCUUCUCAUUGUCUCCUCUGAGCAUAAAUCGUUUCUCCAUAAAACCUUUGGUUUGACUUUGUGGCCAACUGCAGACUUCAGGUUUUGGAGCAGUUCUUUCUUGCUCUGCUGCCUCUCAGUCCUCCCUGAUAUUAAACUCGCUUCACUGGACAUUGAUACUGGUGUUUCAGCAGCUUCUACACCCCAGUGAAUUUCCUUUCAUCCACAGCUGACAGCUUGGAGCAGACAAACUAAUUAAAUUUGAAGUUUUGCAAAUAUUCAGUCAGAAUAUUUAGCCAGAACUUGCUAAGACAUUUGUCCAAAGCAUAAGGACAUAUUUGAGCAACUAAUGUAUUUUGUGAUUUGAAAAAGUGAAGUUGUGUUGUAUAAUCUUUCCACCCUGGGAAAAUGGUUCAGAUUCAGAAUUAAACGUCUAAAAUAAAUCAGAAAAUCAUGCAUUGUAGUUGUCAUGUAAACGCCUGUAAAUGUUUUAAUUUUUGGAGAGAGCCAUUUUUUUCUUUAUUUUCUUUGCUAAACUUUGCUGGAAACUGAUCAGCUGCCUCUUGAGAGGGACGCCUGUGUCUUUGAGAAUUGAAACAACAUAUUAAAUGUUUUAGCCUUCAGUCAGAAGCGGGGCUAAAGUUGAGACCAUUGGAGCUUGAUGCUUUGAUAAAAGUUGACUCCAACAGCUGCUGUCUGCUCCAACAAACCAACAUGAAUUGCAUCCAUUUUUAUUCCGAUGUCGUGCGUAACCUGAAUUUUGCUGGUUAGCAUUCAUCCGUUUCUAGCUGCCGCUGCAGCACAUUCGCUAGGCGAAUUUUAGCUUUGAUGUAAUUUUUCCUGAGUUGUUUGUUUUUAUAAUCAUACUUCAUGAUGUUGGGACUAAUAAUGUGAUUCAGAUCAGGUGCCAGAAUGGAAUAUAGUUUCCUGUACCUUCCUGUUUGUGUUUCCAUCUCUGGCCCUAAAUGUACAGAAGCUCUUCUUGUGGCUGGCAGCACACCACAAUGUCUGACACAAGCCAUACUUGAGCCUCGUCACUGUUGGUGUGGUGCAGGUUCCACCACACGUACGCACACACCUUUGCACAUCGACAUGCAUACACAAACACACACACUAUAUGUAUUUACACAUUUACAUAUAUAUAUAUAUAUAUAUAUGAUCUAGCAUGAAAAAGCAGGUCUUAAGUUCAGCACUAUUGUAUAAAGCAUCCAAAGUGUAACAAGGGUAUAAAAUGUACGUCCGUGUCUUUUCAUUAUCAUUGACUGUGUUCUAAAGGAGAAAGCAUCAUGGAUACAUGUUUUCCUGGGUGAAGAAGUACUAACAGGUCCCGUGUGCAGACCUGCUGUAGUACAAGGUGUUUGCUGCACAGGAGAUCCAUCAAUUUCAGUGAUUGUGGCCGCAUUGUAUCAAAGGGAACAUUUAUUAACCGGCGCUGACCUGAUUGCUCCAUUUUGGGAGUGGAAGUGGGUCUCGGGAAGCAGCAGAAGACAUUUUCUGAACCACCACUCACCUGUCUGCUCAAACAGGGAUAUUUCUCUUUUUUUCUUCUUCCGUUCUCAUCCUGUGCUUUGCGUUUGUGAUAUUUGAAUAAUAGAAAUCUGUUACAUUCUCAAACUCAGACACUGAGUCAUCAGAAGAAUUCGAGAGCGAGUAAAAGAAUCUCUCCCUCUCUCUCUGGAAGUAAAAUUUGUCCUCAGUUUUCAACCGGGAUGGGGAAACCAGGGAGACCUCACUGGUUUGGAGAAUCUUGGUUGGAAACGUACCGUUUAUUGAUGCACCACUAUGGUUGAUAUAUUGUAUCCUUUGGCCUUGAAUGUUCAUUGAUUGGGGUGGGUGGGAGUGAGGGCGGGGGGAUAAGCAGUUAAAACUGUAUGCAUGUCUGUUGUGUUUUGCAGAGCAAAUGAUGGGAUGGAGCAUAAUCUUGUGUUGUCAAUGUGAGGAUAAAGGUGAAUUCAUGGCGUUGAAACAUUAAAACUCCAAAAAAGAAAAAAAAAAGGACGUUUAUCUGAAUUUUUUUAAUGCUGA